AAGUUUGUGAUGCACAUAGCGAUAAAAACUGAUAAAAGUGAAAGUAAGGCGGUUUCAUGAAAAAGAAGUGGCAAACACAAUAUGACAGUUAGCAAUUGAUAAAUAAUAGCUUUGUGUUGUACACAGAACACGUUUGUAGAUAACUAAUUUAGCAAGUUAAUAAGUUUACAAAAGCAGACAUUAGUGUAAAUGGUGCCCAUCACGUACGUUGAUAUUUUAUCGUCUUAUCAGAAAAACUACUAAACACUGAGAAACGGCCACCAUGCCGCAGAGAAUCCUCAGCUGCAGAAGCGCCAUCCUCGUGGCUUACUUGGGCCUCUUGCUGUAUCACGAGUUCCUUCGCGGUUCGAGCACGGAGCCUCAAGUACAGGUGGAGGCUCAGCAGGACGCCUUUGCCAACGGCCCGGUCCAUGUCCCUAGCCUGGUCCUUCCGGAAGCCACGGAGAUCCUGGGCGGCCUGGGGGAGAGCGAGCCAGGGGGCGUGGCGCUAACGACGAGCGGGAGCGCCGAGAAACUGCAGCAGGCCACGCAGGUUCUUCAGAAUGUCGGCGAGUGGUUUGGCAACCACGAGGUCAUGGCCACGCUGACGGAGGCGAGGCUGGAAAGCAUCGAGAAGCGGUUGGAGACGUUCUCGCGGAUGGUGGACAACUUCUCCAAGGGACUCGACCUCACGUGGAAACAGAUCGACUUCGUCAACAAGCACUACACGGGGGAAGUGGCCACGAAGCUGGAAACGAUGAUGUCCUCGGUGCAGUACUUCCACAAGCAGCUGGAGACCCUCAACCUGCAGCAGAGAACCGACAUCGACGCCAGCCAGCAAAUGGCCUCGAACUUCGUCUCCGUGAACAGCCGCCUCGCAAAACUGGAGGAGAAAUCGGAGGAAGACAACACGGGCUUUCGUCGCGUCCAGUUCGACCUGGAGGAGCACCUGCCGCUGCUGAGAUCGAUGGUCAAGGAGGAGGUACAGGCUCACCGCGUGCCCGAAGACCUCGACUCGCGCAUGGUGGCCGUGGACGAGGCCACCGUGGCCACCAUAAACAGGAUGGGCAAUCUCGAGGCCAAGGUCGCCGAGUCCGAGAGGCUGCACGCGGAAAUCCUCAGCCUCACCGACAGCCUCAUCAGGAGAGACAACGAGAUCAACAACCUGACGGCGCUGCUGCUGGACCUCGUCAAAUCCGUCCACACAACCCAGAAGCAUCCGAGGGCACCACCACACCAAGAGUGCCGCUCCCCUUACCUUCGUGUGGGCCAACUAUGCCUCGCCACCACACGGACGCCCACGCCCUGGCUCCACGCCCGCGACGCCUGCCUUGGCUCUGGGGGUCAGCUCGCCCUGCCCUCCAACCUCACCCUCUUCGCACGCUACCUUAGAUCUAACAACGUUUCGGGCGAGGUGUGGGUGGGCGGGUCCGAAUUGAUCUGGAAUUUAGAUCCCCAGCCGCCCCCGACCUCGCCCAGAGAGACAGGAGACCAGCAAACUACUUCUGCCACCUCCAAUCCUCAACACGAAGACACUGACGACGACUCGGUGCUACGAAAAGCUAACCAAGGCGCAAAUUCGUCGGCGUCGGGUAAACAAAGCCCAGAUUCGCCAGGUAGUAAGCCCACAGGUCCCGAGCAAGCAGAAUCCACGAGGCAUGACCAGUGCCUAGCUGUGGUACUGCGCCAAGAAGUCCAUGCGGUACUGAGACUGUGCAGGGAUCAUAACAUCGCUGUCUGCCAGCAAAACACUUAAGGUGGUGCGGACGUCGACCAAAGGCUGGUGUCUGAAAGUAUGUGAUAUCGUAAUAAAAACACCACAAAUUCUUUAUAAUGCAAUCAACAUAAAAUUGAUAAAGUCUGCGAUAUCGUAAAAAAUAUAUUGUUUAGCCUAUAGAAAUACGCGACGUUGAAAAUUCCUCAAUACAUAACCACACAGAUGAUGAUAUACACAAAGAAAACGCAUAUGCCAUUGUCCAAAUUGUGACGAUAGGCAUUCCUUAGCAUCUAAUACCUGUAAAUUUCAAAGUGGGACAUGAUGGUUUCCAGAUAUUCCCUGAUAAAAAAGUGGCAUAUAAUAUUUUUUAUCAGUCACGGACGAAAUAAACUAAAUAACAGUACAGUC